GAUUUGCCAUGAACCAUGGCUGUGCGAUUUUGGGUUUUUGUAACUGUAUAUUUGUCCUGUUUUAUUGAAGAACUUUUGAUUUUGUGUGCAAUGGGUAUUUCUUGCGUGAGUUAGGGCACCCUCGGUGUUUCAAUUAGGGUUUGCUGUUGUCUAUCAACCACGGCUGUGCUGUCUUUUCUUAUUAGUCUGAACAAACUAUGGCUUGAGCAGGAGACUUCAAAUUCAUAUGUAGUUUAUGCAAGCAUGGAUGGGUGACUACUGCAUUGUUGAGUUUGAUGGUGCUUGCAAAGGAAAUCCUGGUCAAGGAGGCGCAGGAGCAGUGAUACGCGACUCAACAGGAGUUGUGGUUUCUCGAGUGCGCGAGCCUUUGGGUUUCACUACUAAUAAUGUUGCUGAAUACGAGGGCUUGAUUAUUGGUCUUAAGGAGGCUCUUGAAAUGGGCUACAGAGAUGUUCAUGCAAGGGCUGAUUCACAGCUUGUUUGUAAACAGGUUAAUGGAAGUUGGAGAGUCCGAAGCAGGAAUUUAUAUGAAUAUUACGAAAGGGCUUUUGUUCUGAUCGAAAUGCUGGACCGUUUUGAGAUCCAACACGUUCCCAGGAACUGCAAUACUGAAGCUGAUGCAGAAGCAAAUCAGGCCGCUAACAUGUGAGAUGGCAAAGCGUUCAUGGAGUACAAACAAUGGCAGCAGUCACUUAUUAAUACCAAGUCCUUAUUAGUCUCACUAUGCUCUGUGUUAUAUAUGUUUUACGGAACAUAUUAACUAAAGCUGCUUUCUGCGAGUCUUCCUAUAACUGCUAUAUUAGCAAUAUUAAGUAAAUUGGUGCCUUAUGGAUGGUGUUGAUACUAUGGCUUAUUCGUAAUAUUAUGUUUCCCU